AUGCCUCGCUCUACCCUCCUCGCUGCCCUCUCGCUGCUAGCCCCGAGGGCCCUGGCAGAGGGCCAAGCAACCCCAGAGCCCAUCGCAGUCCCUGUCCCAGGCGGCUGCUCGGGCCUGCCCCUCUACGACGCCUCGACCGGCAUCGCCGGCCCAUGGGUAAUCCAAACAAACCAAUGCACCAACACCACCGCGCCGGGGCAACCCUGCACGAUCGAAGGCUACGGCGACAGCGUCGUCAUGCGCUAUCAGUCCGGCGUGUCCGGCAUCUACCAGGGCUAUGUCACAAUCGUCCCCCGCAACGACCUCGCCAAGACCCCCCUCCGCUGCAACGACGCCACCUCCUCCAUCGAAGGCCGCGUGCCCUGGGGCGUCAGCGGCGUGGCUUGGAAGACCGUUAAUGUCAGCGACAUGGCGUGGUCUGCGCCCCUGAUGUGGGGGCUGGACGCGGCGUUUAGCCGCGCGGUGGAGCCGUACCACCACUACGUCAACGGCGUGCGCCAGGACGGGGUUUUCCUGGGUGCGGGCAAUGUCACCCGGUGGGGGGUGAAGUAUUAUGAGACGUCGGCGGGGAGUUGGGGGUGGCCGUAUUGGAUGCUGAGGUUGUUGGGGCCUGGGAGUGAGGAUCGGGCGACUGGGGAGGCGUUGAAGCAGGGGGAGUCGACGACGUUUAUUCGGAUUUAUGGGAGUUGA